AAUACAACCAAUCCAAAGUUUCCAUUUUUUGGCAAUCAAGAAGCAUGUUCUUUAUCUUCCACUCUCUCUUCUUAGUAUCCUUCCUUCUCUUUAGAUUCGUACACAAAUCCCUAUGGGUCCCUUGGAAAAUCCAGACCCACUUCAAGAACCAGCGCGUGGAAGGCCCUCUCCGCCGACCCAUCACCGGAAACUCCGCCGAGAUCAGCCGCAUGACGGCGGCGGCGAAGUCGAAGCCCAUCCCAAUCCACGGCGCUGAUGGCGUCAGCCCACACGACUGCGUCCACCGAAUGGCUCCUCACUACAGCGCGUGGUCGAGCGUGUACGGGAAGACGUUCCUCUACUGGUUCGGGUCAACGCCGGUGGUCGCCACGUCGGAUCCGGAGCUGAUCCGGGAGGCGCUGACCAAUGGUAGGUCGUUUGACCGGAUUGGGCAUAAUCCUUUGGCUAAGCUUCUCUACUCGCAGGGUCUUCCUGGUCUUCGAGGCGAUGUAUGGGCUUUGCAUAGAAGAAUCGCAAUCCAAGCUUUCACCAUGGAAAAAGUCAAGAGGUGGGUACCCGAGAUGGUGACGAGUACUAGAAAGAUGCUGGAGAAGUGGGAGGCGAUGAGAGAUGGAAGAGAAGAGCUCGAAGUAGAAGUUCACGGUCAGAUACACAACUUGGCUGCAGAUAUUUUGUCGAGAACGGCUUUUGGCAACAGUGUGGAGGAAGGGAAGCGUAUCUUUGCGCUGCAAGAACGUAUGAUGCGCCUCUUCUAUCUGGUUCGAUGGAGCGUUUAUCUUCCCGGGUUCAGGUUUUUGCCCACCAAGACUAACAGAGAGAUAUGGAGGGUCGAGAAGGAAAUCCGCCAUUCCGUACGGAAACUGAUCGAGAAGAACAGAAGGGCGAUGGAAAACUCUGGAAAUUUGCUAAGAGCUUUUAUGUCACCGUACACAAAUCAAGAUGGUCGAGAAGAGAGGCUCGAUAUCGAAGAAGUCAUCGAUGAGUGCAAGACAUUCUACUUUGCGGGGAAGGAAACAACAGGCAAUCUUUUGACUUGGGCAUUAGUCCUUCUAGCUAUGCACCCCGAGUGGCAGAUCGUUGCUCAGGAAGAAGUGAUCCGCGUUUGCGGGGACAGCGGAGCUCCUGCCGCAGAAAUCUUGCAUGAACUCAAGACGCUCGGGAUGAUAAUCAACGAGACCCUUAGGCUGUACCCUCCAGCCGUGACAUUAAACCGCGACACCCUUCGAAGAUCUAAGCUAGGAAACCUCGACAUCCCGGCAGGAACCCAGCUCUACUUAUCCGUGAUCGCGAUGCACCACGACACGGACGUGUGGGGACAUGACGCGAACGAGUUCAAUCCUCGUAGGUUCGAAGAGCCGAGAAAGCAAUCGGCUCUGUUCAUGCCGUUCGGGUCGGGUCCAAGGAUCUGCGUAGGGCAGUCUCUCGUGAUGGUUCAGGCCAAAACCGUUCUCGCUCAGAUCUUAAGGCAUUACAGUUUGAGGUUGUCCCCAGGUUAUGUCCAUGCCCCGACAUUGUUCGUGACCUCUCAGCCUCAACACGGUGCUCAUAUCCUCUUCAGUAGGAUUUCUGAAUAGAGAGAUCCGUGAUUUGAUCAUUUCGUCUUUACGGUGAUGAAGUACAUAUAAAGAAGUACAAAAAUACAUUUCAUAUUUGCAAUAUUUACAGAAUUGCCAUUACCAUUUAUGUACAAAAUUAUUACAAUUCAUUUUACAGAA